AUGGUGAAGUUCUCGACACCGCUAUUAGCGGUCCUUGGCCUAGCUGCCGAUAGAGCAUAUGCAGCUCUCGAUGUAGAUCUCGAUGAUCCAGCCUCUAUCAAGAAGGCAGCCGCCCUAGUCGCCGAAGACCUUCUCACUUUCUAUCACGGCGACGAACCAGGAAUGGUACCUGGUAUUCUACCUGGACCUCCUCCCGAUGGUGAUUACUACUGGUGGCAAGGAGGUGCUAUGUGGGGUGCAUUGUUAGAUUAUCGACACCAUACCGGCGACAAAACGUUCGAUGAUCUCAUAACUCAAGCUCUGUUAUGGCAAGUCGGUCCCAACGAAGACUUUAUGCCUCCCAAUUGGACCGCAUCCAUGGGUAACGAUGACCAGGCUUUCUGGGCGCUAUCGGCGAUGUUGGCUACCGAGAUAGGAUACACGGAUCCACCACCAGAUCAGGCGCAAUGGUUAUCUCUAGCGCAAGCCGUAUUCCACGAACAAACGCACGAGGAUCGAAGAGUACCAAGCGGUAGAUGCAAGUGGGGUCUGCGAUGGCAGGUUUACCCUUCGAACAACGGAUAUAACUAUAUCAACACUAUCGCAAAUGCGUGCUACUUCAACAUCGGUGCUCGAUUAGCUCGUUACACGGAUAACUCCACCUACGCUGACCUUGCGACCAAGACCUGGGAUAUCAUUAAGGACCUCGGAUACAUUUCGGACAAGUGGGAAGUUUAUGACGGUGCCCAUUUGCCCGAUUGUACCGACCUGAACAAGGCCCAGUUCUCUUACAACUCUGCUAUGUUGUUGCAAGGUGCCGCCUUUCUAUACAACUAUACCGAUGGCUCGCAGGUUUGGGAGGACCGUAUCAACAGCCUUGUUGAUCGCAUGCUACAGACCUUCUUCCCCGAUAAUAUCGCGUACGAGCCCUCCUGCGAAGGAACGAAAUGUAACGCCGACAUGUUGUCUUUCAAGGGAUACACAGCCCGGUGGAUGGGUUCUACUAUGCAGCUUGCGCCUUUCACGCAGACAAAGAUCAUGCCGGUGCUUAAGGCGUCUACACAAGCUGCUGUCAAGCAGUGUACUGGUGGUGACAACGGAAGAUUCUGUGGUUUCCACUGGAACACUGGUGUCUUCGACAACUCAGUUGGAGCUGGUCAGCAGAUGAACGUGCUAGGUUCCCUGAUCAGUCUUCUUUCCCCUAGUGUCGCACCUCCUCUUACCAACUCAACCGGUGGUACAUCAGUCGGUAACGUCAACGCCGGUUCCGAUGAACCCCUUGUGCCAACCUUCGCCCCUAUUACAGGCGGCGAUAAGGCUGGUGCCGGUAUCCUAACAGCUCUUAUCAUCGCGGUCUCACUUUCGGGUUUCGCAUGGAUGAGCACGGAUUAA